AUGCCUUCGGAUAUAAUUCGCAGAGAUUGGUUAUCUUUUGGAGUAUUUAUAUCAAUUGCAUCUCUGCUAUGGUAUGUAACAUCACAAAAGAAGGCGAAAUGUGAAGUAAAGUAUAAGUGGACAGAUAAAGAGGAAGAUAAUACUCCCAUUUGCACUGUCAUAAAAUAUAUCGAUAAAAUCAAACACAUUGUUUUAAAUGUCCCAUCUUUGACUUCUGACAAUGUCAUAUCGAUUCUCAGUGAAAUAGCAGUGGAACACUUUAACAUAUAUUAUGAUUGUUUUUUAUUGAUGACUAAACUCAAACAUACUGCCAAUGAAGAGGAUAUAUUGAAACAGAUGGAGAAUUUGUUCAAUGAUAAAUCAUUCCAAUCCCAAUUUAUUGCAGCAAAGAUUAAGAUUUUAGAAAAAUAUGAAACAGAUUUAGACACUUUUGAAUCGUGCUUGAUUAAUUAUUUGGAGAAUCCAGACAUAUUAUUCUAUACAGAAGGAAUUGAAGCGAUGCAGGAAGAUGUAUUGAAUAACUUACCUCCAUUGAUGCCAGGAGCUAAAUUGGAUAUCAAUUUACAGGGGGAGAGGCCAAUGAUUUUGUGGAAUAAAUAUUUAGAACUGAAAGAAUUUUAUGCAAAACAAAAUGCUGGAUUGCUUAAACCCGAUGUGGAUUUUGAUUUUUACAAAAUAUUAAACGAAGCUCACAUUAUCGCUGAAAAAGCAUUUUUAAAAAAAUUUGAAGUGCCAUCAAUGCAUCAUCUAAAACAUUCUAUUUGUCUAUGCCUUAGAUUUAAACCAGAAUCUAUUCAUGAACUGCAAGUUAUGAACAAAGUUCAUUUGGAUAAGAUGAGUAAUAUAGCCAGAUAUGUUAUUGACUUUAAUUAUUCUAAUGAAAAGUUUGAGCAAUUUUAG